AUGACUCGGCUCAAAUUUUGCGAUCUGAAACGCAGCACUGGAACUACGAACGACGAAUGUGAACUUGUCGGUGAAAUGCGGUACUUCGUGUUGAGUGCAGUUUGGCCAACAGCACAUAUGUGGAGAAAGUUCAACAUAAAUUCAACACUAAGAGAUUUUCCCGAGCCACUAAAGAAAUAUAUGUUCCAAGUGAUUUUGAGAAACCUGAAUGCAAGUAUAGUGAAAAUAUUGGAGGAAAGUAGUGAAGGAUUAGAAAUAAGAAAUAAAGGAAAAAAAGGAAAUUUUUGGGAGCGGAUGAAGUUGGAUAGAACGGAAGUGCACAACAUGGAGAAUUAUGAAAAGUUUAGUGAAGAGCAACAUGCUUGUGAGCCUCCAUUUCCCAAUAAUUUCAUUUGUAAUGCGAAGAUAAUGAGUUUAAAAGAAAACAGUAAGUUCAAAAAUAUACUCCAAUACGCCGGAGAUGUUCUUAAGGUAUAUUUUCUUUUUCUUUUGGUAUUUCUCUUUAUGUUUCUCAUAAAUCUUUAUUUUUUGGUUCAAAUUUCCACUCAACUUAUUUUUUAUUUUUUAAAGGAAGAACACAAUCGAAAUAUUAUUUUCCAAGGCUCAGGUGAAGCUAUCUCUAAAUGUAUAUCUUGUGUUGAAUUAUUUAAGCGAAAUUUUAGGCCUGUUGUGCUUUAUCAGUGGAAUAAAGUAAUAUUUACUAGAAGAACUGAUUUGUGGAAAUCAAACAAAGAAGAAUUAAGCAAUUUAUUAGUGCACGUAGAUGUUCCUACGAUAUUCAUUCUUAUAUCAAAGGAUCCAUUUCCUGCCGAAUUCGAUGACGAAAGGUUUCAAUAA